AUGGCUUCCAUACGUACUUUGCCGCGUACUCAAUCCAAAAGCAAAGGCAUUGUCAUAGAGAAGUCAAGUAGUCUUGAAGAGACACAGACUCAGUUCAGCCACAAGGCCUCAUGGGACAAUGACUCAAUCCGAGUUUUCCUGCAAUUGAUUGCAAAUGAGAUUACAAAAGGAAACCGACCAUUCCUAGUCCUUAGCCGAGCUGGGUACAAGUCGUUGGCCAGGAAAUUUGAGAAAAAAACAGAAAGAAAACAUGGCCUCAAACAGUUGAAGAAUAAAUACAUGAGUUUGAAAAAAGAGUGGCAAACGUGGACAAAGUUGAUGGAUUCAAGCAAAGGAGUGUCAGGGAUAAGGUUUGACUGUGACACCGGUAUGUUUCAAGCACCUGAGGAGUGGUGGGACAAGAUGGAAUCGAUAAACAAGCACCAUUGGACCCCGGGAGAGAAACUUCCUGAAGCUGCUGAUAACUCAUCUGAUUCUGUGCAUAGUUUGGGAGCCCAGCCAUUUGCUGAUCCGAUACCUGCAGGAGUACAGGACGUGGAUUUAGAUUCUUCACUGGAGCCUGUUUCGAUUGAAAAGGGAAAAAGGAGAAAGACGCCAUCAACAAGUGUUUCAAAGUCGAAGAAGGUAACAAGUGAAGCGUCAGUUAUUGCGGAAAGCAUGAACAAUCUAACAGAUGUGGUGCGUACGAAGAAUCAGCAGGUUAUGGUGAGGCACCUCACAGGCAACGAAUCGAUGCACACUAUUUCGGAGUGCAUGCAUCGCCUGACGACUAUUCCAUCCCUAAUUGGUACAUUGCUAUUCCAUUUCACCUCGACACUUAUGGACAAUGCAGAUUACCGAAGGUGA